AUGCUCGCUCGUUUCGCCCAAAAGUCUAAGAACCCAACGGAAGAAGCACGUGCGCAUUUGACUUCUCGUGAAGCAUCAGCAGCAGUUUACUUUCUCUCUAGCUCGAGAGCCAGACACACAGACACAACGCCCGUAGCUAUGGCCACUAUAUACAGUGGCGUGCCGCCUCAAUCGCGCUUUCCAUUCUCCACGCACACGCAUUAUACAUCCAACACUAAUGCCGCAGCACAGAUUCAAAUGCAGCAGUUUCGAUACGGCAGUUACGGAGUGGAAAACCAGACGGAGAUCUUGAGAUUUCCAUCUGUAGCACCGCCGGGUGCCAGUUUGGACCUUUUCAGCAAACAGCAACCCAUGUACACGACCGAAUCCAGCGCCAUGCGUUUGUCCUCGCCCAUGUACAGCAACCAGAACGCGUCGGCCUCCAUGUAUAUGCAGUCCAUAAUGAGGAAAAUGUAUUUACCGCAACAGCCCCAACCCCCUCUUAAGGAUAUGUCGCGGCCACAGUCAGAGAUGCUUCUCGUGUCACCUGGCGUUCCGACGCCGGUAGAGCUGUCUAUAUAUGAAAUUAAGCAGCCCACAGGAUUGUUACACGUGACAAUUGGUAACCAGACCGUUGAGUUUCUCGACGGUGUCGUCAAUAUGCCGCAGAAAAGAUAG